UUUAUUCUGCAGAAGUCGCACGAUAGCGUAUCGCCUUAUCUGAAAUCACGUUUGGUAUCGAACGUCCCGGAGAGGUCCUUCCCGCUCCUGACGGAGCUCUUGAUAUUGCUCAACAUCAAUUUACACAGCCUUAUUAGUUUUGUAGAGAUACCAAACAUUCGGACAUAGCGGCAUAAAGGCAACUCCUUUUCUAUCUGUCAAAAGCAGCUUUGAAAUCCACGAAGAGGUGGUUUGUGUCGAUCCUCUUUUCACGGCUCUUUUCCCAGAUAUCAGUCAAUAUGUAAGUUAUUUCAAUAUCGAUUGAUCUUUGACUAACUUGUGAUAAAUUGAAGUACGUUUCUACUAUAAAGAACUUCUCAUAAAAUCAGAUAGUUCCUCGUAGUUGACUAAAAACUUGUAGAUCCCUCCUCCGCCGAACAACGUCAAAGAGCAGACUAGAAGAACCAGAAUCUGAUCGACAAAAAUACAAGCGUAAACUUUCUAGAUAAAAAGUAUUUUUGUUACAAUCAUAAUAAGUUUUAUUCACUAGAAUACGACGUUACUAACUUCGAAGUGUUUUUACUAUAUAUUCCCAACCAACAUCUAGUACUAAUCUAUAUUUAACAUAGCAAAAGCAGCAAAAAAGUUAACUAAUGUACAUACAUACAUAAAAAUAUUAUAAUUAAAAUAUCACUCACAAAGCCAACUCACACCCGAAAACGUCAAUAAUUUAGGUUAAAGCAAACGAAAUCAAGAACACGAGCACAAAAAGCUCAAGCCUUCGCCGAGUAAUUUAAUUACUAGUCAUCAAUCACAACAUCUCCUUAGUGCAUACAAACAAUGCGCCGUACAUCAAGUGUGUGCCGCGUCAGUCAGCCCACUCCCCACCCCACAUCUCAUCCCAUUUCCGUACCAGCAGGCAGCUCAUCAACUGCCACAAAAAUGCCAAUAAAUACGCGCGCACAAAGCGAAGACACCGAUCAUGACAGCGCUGACAUACCGCGGCGUGAGUCCCUGCACAAGCCUACAUGGCAAUAUAAUAUCCCCGGGCAGUCGCAACCGAGCACGGAUACCACAAAUGCGCCCGGCAAAAGCAUAAAUGUCACAUCAGACUCAGACGAUGAAGAUGAUGAAUAUCUGCGGCGCCCAAGUAUCGUUAAGCAUCAUCACUACUAUCAGGAGAAGGAAGUACAGCAGCAGUUGCAAUUACCCACGAAGCCGUUACAACAAUUACGACGUACCAGUCUACAUAGUGGCGUUUGUUUCAAAGGCACCAAAAACAGUGGUAACACAAAAAUUACGCGACACCACACCAUUGCCAGUGCUGAUUUAAAACCGACUGCCGACAGUAGUUUACCGGCGCGACGCAGGAGUAGUUUGACACAAUCGACACGAUCGUUCGGAUUGAUGAUGCACAAUACUGGAGAGCUUUCAAGGACUGGCAACGCUCAUGAUACAACUGCGGCAUGUCCUAACUUCUCCAGAUCUAUGGAUAGUGCAACAUUUUGUAGACAGGCUGGGCGUGCUUUAAUGCGUAUGGUUUCGUUGGGUACACAGCCGAAUGUUCAUGUGGCGCCACCAACCAGCAACGUCAAGACUUAUGCUGAUGGCGAGGAGGAAUACGACAUGAUGGGAAAGGUGAUUAUGUUGGGUGACUCUGGUGUUGGAAAAACUUGUCUGCUCAUACGAUUUUAUGAUGGAAAAUACAUGCCACACUAUUAUAUAACUACAGUAGGCAUUGAUUAUCGGAACAAAGUUGUGGUUGUGGAUGGCACACGCGUCAAAUUGCAAAUUUGGGACACAGCUGGUCAGGAGCGAUUUCGCAGCGUCACCCACACCUAUUAUCGCGAUGCGCACGCACUUCUACUCUUGUAUGACGUCACCAAUAAAACCACUUACGACAACAUUCGCGCUUGGCUGGGCGAGAUCAGAGAUUAUACUCAGGACGAUGUUGUGAUUGUGCUUAUUGGUAACAAGGCAGACUGCAGCAAUAGUGAACGACAAGUGAAACGUGAGGAUGGCGAACGUCUAGCACGUGAGCACAAUGUCCCCUUUAUGGAAACAUCGGCAAAAACUGGAUUGAAUGUAGAACUUGCUUUCUCCGCUGUGGCCAGGCAAUUGAAGUGUCGAGGCACCGUCAAUGGUGAUGAUGGCAAAUUCAAUGUCCACGAUUACGUACGAGAUAAUACACAAGCACGCACAAUGUGUGCACAGUGCAAAUCGAUGUAGACACGGUGGUAACUGGGAAUUAUCACUAGUACAUAUAUGUAUGUACAUAAUUACUUGCCAAAAAAAGUUAUUAAUUAAAAGAAAAAAACUGAAACAAUUGAAUGUAUAAAA